CCUCACAGCGCUGUUUCAUUUCUCCUGUCUUCCCACCUCACCAAAUCACCGCCGCUGAUGAGAAGGAAAUAUGGCAACAGAGAGACGGAUGUCAGCCAGAAUUCACCAUCCUCUAAUUGAGACAACCACCACGACUAUCUUUUGAACAUGGAAUUAAGAAUAGGCGCAUGCAGGGAGAGAAUACGGCGCGCCAAGCUUAUUCGAGAGAAGGAGAAAAGCCUUGGAAUCUCGCACAGCAUCUCCGCUACAGACUGACACCGCGUUUACCAUUUAGAAAAACACAAUAUAGAGGCAGUGUUUAAUAUUGCAGCGUAUUAUCUGGGGUAAUUAUACGGCAUUUCUCUUAAUAUAAAGUUGAAAUAUCGAUAUUCACCUCAUCAUCCCCUUGAAGAAGAGACAAGAAAAUGAGUGAGCAGAGUAUCUGCCAGGCACGGGCGUCCGUCAUGGUGUACGAUGACGCCAGUAAGAAGUGGGUGCCCAUCAAGCCUGGCCAGCAGGGCUUCAGCAGAAUCAACAUCUACCACAACACGGCCAACAACACCUUCAGAGUGGUGGGGGUCAAGCUGCAGGACCAGCAGGUGGUGAUCAACUACUCCAUCGUGAAGGGUCUGAAGUACAACCAGGCCACGCCCACCUUCCACCAGUGGCGUGACGCCCGCCAGGUCUAUGGCCUCAACUUCGCCAGCAAGGAGGAGGCCUCCACCUUCUCCAACGCCAUGCUGUUCGCUCUCAACGUCCUGAGCUCUCCUGACGCCACAGGUCCAGCUGUCUCCCGGCAGAAUGGCCCCUCCGUCGAUGACCCCGACAGCCAGAGAAGGCAGAUGAUGGAGCAACAUCAGAUGCAGGCGCACAAGGAGAGGGAGAGACGGACCUCAGGUUCAGUCGUCUCCACGCUGCAGUAUAAAGUGUCCUCCCCACCCCAGUCAGACACUCCCCCCGAGUACAGACACUAUCGAGCUAGUACUCUCCCCCCCUCCUAUGUCCGUGUGGCCUCCUCCUCCCCCUCCUCCUCCUCCUCCUCCUCUUCGUCCCAGGAGAAGGACGCAGGUGCGCAGCUCUCCUCCCAGCUCUCCAGCUCCCUGGCCUCCGCCUUCUCCCCCGUCCAGCCUGCCCUCCCCCCCCAGGGCCGGCAGAUCCGGCAGAUCCCCCUCUCCCCCCCCACUGCCCACCGCCACCAGAGCCAGGCCCAGGAGCCCAUGCUUCCUCCCAAACACGGCACCUGGUCCUCCUCACACGUGUACGCCGCCAUGCCCUCCGCCGCCUCCUCUCCCCCAGUCAUGAGAGCCAUGCCCGUCAAACAGGGCCCUCCCCCCCAGUCCGUCCUCCCGGUGGCUCUCCCCCUGCCCCCUCUAACCAGCCGCAUCAAAGCCCAUCCGCUGGACACAGCCAGCCACCAUCACACACUCCCUUACCAACAUUCGCUCUCCCAUCAACACUCCCUACCCCAUCCUCAUCAUCACUCCCACCCCCACUCCAAUGGGCAGCCCGAGGAGUACUAUCCUCCCCAGCACCAGCUCAGCCAGUACUGUGAGGCCGUUUCCCUGCCACCUCUGAUAGGACAGCCAGCCCCAGGUCCUGCCCCUGUCCCCCACCAGCCCCAAUACCCUUCCACCUUUCACCCCCAGCCAGCCUAUCAGAACACACCCCUCUACUCAGGCUCCUCCCCCUCACCUCCAUCGUACCAAGGCAUGUCUGAACCUCAGGCGUCACCCAAGAAGAGCCCCUCCCCCGUCUUUCAGCCGGCCAUGCCGGCCAGCAGCAGUCCUCCAGUUUCAUCCGGCCACCCUUCCUCUCUGCCGUUUGUGCCCCCCCCAGUUGCCCCCCCUGCCCCGGUUCCCAUGGCUGGACCACCAGCCCCUCCUCCCCCACCAGGACCCCCACCCCCGGGCCCCCCUCCCCCAGUUACAGUGCCCCCACCCAUGCCUCCACCUCUGCCAGUUGGCGGGGGCCCGGGGGGGCCGGGGGGGCCUGGAAAGGAGCAGCAGCCCUCGGGUCUAGCAGCAGCGCUGGCUGGAGCCAAGCUACGGAAAGUCCAGAGGGAUGAGAGUAGUCCUCCAGGGUCGGGCGCAGCCAAAAACGACGCCAACCGUUCAAGUGGUGGCAGUGGAGGAGGGGGUGAGGGGCUCAUGCAGGAGAUGAACGCCCUGCUAGCACGCAGACGGAAAGCUUCCGAGAAACCUGAUGAGGAUGACAACAAUGCCAGAGGACCACAGAAUUCCACAGAUGCUGUGAGGAAACCAUGGGAGAGAUCUAACUCUGCAGACAAAUCUUCUCUGGUUUCAAGGGUGAGGCCAGUCGGUAGCUCCAGUGAAGCUGACACUGAGUUUGACAGGAUGAAACAGGAAAUCUUGGAUGAAGUUGUACGUGAAUUGCAUAAAGUGAAGGAUGAGAUCAUAAAUGCCAUCAGACAAGAAGUCGGUAGAAUCAGCACAACAUAAUCUCUCUGAACGACGGAGGAAGAGGUGGAGAGCAGGAGGAGGGGCAGGAGAGGAAGUGAUGGAUGAGGAGCAUGCGGAGGAUGUAGGAUGAGGGUCAAAGGUAGCAGAUGGGGCAGAGCUGAAAAGAGGAAUGUCGCCUCAACAUUUCUGUGACGCUGUAUGUAAACAUUGACCGCGACGCCAUAGAGAUGCCGUGCCGACAUUCGAAGAGGAGAGCGGUGGAAGACAAAAGAAGGAAGAAGAAGAGAAGCGAGGGAGUGAAUUAUAAACUGAAGGGAGGAUGUACAGUGUGGAUGGACAGAUGGACAGAUGGAUGGAUAGAUUGAUAGACAGCAGGAGGGAGCGACGUUGGUGCUGAGUUUGGGUGUAUGUUCCUCUCUGUGCAUCAAGACUCUCAGUCAGCCCAGGUGUUGCACUCACCUAUCCUCUAUCCGUUCUAAGUCUUAAAAGAAAAUAUUUUGGUUUUCUAAGUUUUUACCGUUUUAUUAUUUAAAGAACAACUGUGACGAUGACGACCGUGGAUUACUUUAUUCUCAUGAAUAUUAUUGAGGGAGAGAAACUUGCACACCAUUUCCAUCAGCCUUUUUCUAUGUCUGAUUUCCUGAACCCUGGGUGUACGAUAAUGAUGAACACACUGCGGCCAUGAGCUGACCUGCAGCUUCCACUAACCCCAAAUGGACAUCUUAAAGCUUUUAUCCAUCUGCCUGGCAGCCAUGUCACGAGCGCUGGAACUAUGGGGGGGGGACAGUUCAUGAAAUGGAGCCGUACCUGUGCACAGACCACCUGACCCCGUCUAGCUGUUAAACUACAUAGUCGCUCUCUAUACUCUAUUCUUUGUGAACCUCUCAAGUAUGCAUGACGCUAAUCUCUAUCUGAAUUUGUUUUGAAUUGGUUAUUAAAAAAAGGUGGUACGUUUACCCCAGUGGUUUGUUUAUGUGGAUAUUUCCCUUUAUAUUUAAAAGAUUGAAAUUGAAUUUGGUACUGUAUGUGAAAAUAUUGAAAAAGCGUUGCUUUUGCAACAAUGAAAUACUAAAUAAAUCAAUGGUUGUGUGAAGAUGAAAA